AUGAUUUGUUGUAAAGCGCUUAAGGUUCUCGGUUUUAUAAUGAGGAUAGCUUCUGACUUUAAACUUAAAUUAGUAAUAAAAACACUAUUUUGUACGUUUGUUCGUCCUAUUUUAGAGUAUGGUGUUAUCAUCUGUAAUCCACAUAGCCAACGACGCUUAUUUGGUUAAAAGAGUACAACGUAAGUCAUUGCGGUUUGCUGGUAUUGUAUAAGAUAUUCCUCAUCCCCAACAUGAAUACUCACCUAUUGCCGAAUACCUUAAUCUUCUCUCACUUGCUGAUCGCCGAAAGGCCCUAGAAGCGGUAUUGGAUGAUAUUUUGGACCGAGUUGCAUGCCGCAAUGUUUGGUUGGCCGGCGUUUCUAAGGCAACAAAAUUAGCAUGCAAGUCAUUUAAUGGUCAGUAACGGCGUUUAGGUCUUUUCAUUUCAAAAAGGACUCUGAUUCUUCAACAACGUUCUUAUAUCGUAUAGAUGAAAUUAUGUAUAACAAGUAUCUGUCAAGCGUCGAAAAAAUAGAUGGGUACUUGACCUAAUUCUAGAUGAUUACUCAUCAAUAUAUUGUGGUCAUCGGUCUAUUGGUGACCAUGAUGCUUUGUAAGAUCGCCGUCAGUAACUAUCCAGUAUUCGAAGGUGCCACUGAGCUCAGGGAAUUGCUGAUUCCAUCCGGAGUGCACAUUGGGUCAUUAAUUUACCGGUUAAGAGCUUCCGAUCACGACAAAAACUAUCCAUUAUAUUUUCAAGCCACCGAUUUUGGCAGUUACGUAGUUAGAAUAGAAAACCUUCCAUGCCCAUCAAAUACCACAUCAAGUUGUCAGGCUGACAUGUAUUUAGAUCGAGUACUUAUUCCGGGGCAAACUUUUCAGUUUCGAAUUACAGUUCGAGAUACAAGAGGAGAUACCACUACAGUACCAGUGACACUGAUAGCUACGGAAGCACGAAAUGAUAUUGAUACAAUAUUCCCUCAUAUUCCUGCCAUAAUAAUCGUGCCAGAAGAUAUCAAGGUCGGAUCUGAACUAGAGUACGUGAUAGUUCGAAAGAAUAUAGAAGUACGAAAAUCAGCUGGGCUUGAAUUGAGAGGUACUACUGCGUUGACCAUGGCGAAACUUCGCAUGAAUAAGGAUACGACUACCGGCACGAUAUCUGUUGUUCAGCCUCUUGACUUUGAAACUAGAAACAUGUAUAGGCUACAAGUAGUAGCGCUCGAUAUGUAUGUGGAUCCAAACAAAGAUUCUAGAAACGCUGCUGCGUUCGAGGUCAUAGUGGUUGUGGAAGAUGUACAAGACACGCCGCCGAUAUUUGUACGACUGGAAACAAUAGUGUAUCUGCAUAACAACAUGUCCGUUGGAGACGUGGUUACCAAAGUAGAAGCUAUCGAUGGGGAUAAAGGAAAACCUAGAAAGAUAAAAUACGGAUUAGUAUCUGAAAAUCGGCCUUUCACAGUAUUAUUUGAAAUUGGCUUAUUUUCUGGUGAAAUCAAAUUAAAAAGACCAAUGUCAGAAUUGAUCGCUAUUUCCAAAGCAAUGCAACCGGCGAUAUUGACUGUGAUUGCAGAUGAAGAAGUUUCUGGGAUCGCUGAUGAAAAGCCUGCAAUGUCCACGGAAGUAGACAUUGCUUUGAUACUAGAUAACAUUGUCGAUAGUCCACCAUAUUUCCACAAUUCAAAUUAUGUUUGCCAUUUAAAUGAGAACAGUGCCCAGGGCACUGUGUUGGCGUUUGGAGACGGAUACGUGACGCAAGUACAUGACGAUAAUACGGGCAAAGAUUCGGUGUACGCUCUGACUUUGGAAAACAAUAACGGCACGUUUGAAGUCUCACCCGGAGUGAUUGACAGACGCGGACGAUUCACUAUUGUGGUGCGCAACAACAGGUUGCUGGAUUUUGAGAGUCGACAGUCCGUCUAUUUCGAGGUGGUAGCGACCGAGUUAUCUGCUGUAUCCGGAAACUCAAAAAAAACCAGAGCCCCCGUAGUGGUUUAUCUCAAUGAUAUUAAUGAUAAUCCUCCUCGUUUUACUAGUCCCUUAUAUACACUACAACUGCCCGAAAAUGCUACUGCAGGUUCACGAAUCACUACUGUCGAAGCCGUAGAUCCCGACACUGGUACAUCGGGCAGUGUUAGAUACACUGCAAUAUUGGGGUUUCAAAAUUCGUCGUUGAUACUCGACCCUCAAGUGGGUACUAUUGUUUUAUCAAAUGAUAAUCAUGGAUUUGAUCGAGAAAAAUCAGCAGAGUAUAGAAUGGCUGUUGAAGCUAGAGAUAUGGAUGGUAAUGGAUUAGUAACGACUGUACCACUUAUUAUUCAAAUAUUAGAUAUCAAUGAUGAAACCCCAACGUUUCAAAACAUUCCUAUUCAAUUCGUUUUAACUCAAGACAUGCGCAACUUUACAGAAAAAGCUUUUAUUAGGGCAAUCGAUAAAGAUGCAGAAGCUCCAAACAAUAUUGUUCGUUAUGAAAUUAUUAACGGUAACUACAACAAUCGCUUCAUCCUGAAUUCAGAAACCGGUGAACUAUCUAUAUCUGAUAUUUUGUACGAUACUAGCAGAACUAGAAGGGAAUCGAUAAACACCGUGUUUGUUGUGCUUACAGUUCGUGCUUAUGAUUUGGGUAUUCCGAAUAGAUGGACUACUACUCAGGUAAGAAUUUAUCCACCAUCUUCUGGAGUCAGGCAGAUGUCAUUUUUAGUGCCUUCUUCUAUGGAUUUGGCGACCGUUCAUAUUUUAUUAGAACAACUAACUGGAGGAAAAAUAACCAUAAAUUCUAUUAAGCCAUACUAUGGAUACUUUUCCCAAGAUUCUAAAACUGACAAAAAUAUUGUGGUUGCUACUGUCGUUUACAACACUAACACUGUUAUUGAUACUGAUGAAUUUCGAAGAUAUUUUUAUAAUUACCAUGAAGAUACUAAACAAAAAGCAGUUCACAAUAGCUAUAAAGACUUAUCAUUUUGGUUGAAUUUAUUAUUAUUAAUAGCAAUUUUACUAGCGGCAUUGUCAUUAUUAUGUUGCUGUUGUUACCAGCAAUAUUUUCGGCUUAUACAAAAAAAAAAAUUUGACCAAGAAUUUCUUGCCGAAAACAAAGGUACACAAGUGUCUAAUCCUAGUAUUCAGCCAAACGACACUCAGAAAAAUAUGAUAUAUAUUUUGAGCGAAAAACGUGAUUCACCUUUUCGAUUAGCUAAAAAAACAAAAACGGUCAUACCACAUAAUAAAGUUAAAAAAAGAUUAAGCGAUGAAUCUCUUCUUCUCGAAGACGUCGAAGGUAAUGAGUAUCGUAUAUUAGAUAAACAGAAAUCUUGGUCAGAUGAAACAGUUACGACAAGACAAGAAAUGUUUUUCAAACAAGGAAAUGCUGAAAUUCUUCGUAUCAUGUCCAAUGAUUCACUGGAAGUUAUGGAUUCGGCAUCAAAUUUGGGUGCGGUUAAUGUACACGACGAAGCUGCUGGUAAAAAAGUGAUAAUGAACAAAUUUUUGAGUAGUCAACCAGAAAUCAUCGAAGAAGAUCGAAGAGAAAACGUAUCAAUACAAAAACAACAACACGUGGAAGAAAAAAAGAAAGACGAUCUUGAAGAAGAACAAAAAAAAAUGAUGGCAUUUCAAAGGGAUGUUUUACUUACCAGAUUUCUGGCUGAAGAACAACAAAAGUUCAUGACAAAAUUAGAGACUAGAAGCCUGCCUGGUGCUGAUAUUGCGACUCAAACAGAAGUACAUACUGCUACACAAACAAUAAAUUCGUGUUUAAAGAGUAGAAGUAGAUGUCGAAAUAACGGACAGACGGAUUGCACAUGUUCUAAGUCUGCUCAAUAUCCAAGAAGAUCUUCGAGUAUGCCACAUAGGAAAUUUAUUAGUCCGAUUAUAGAGGAAACAGGGAGUGGGUCAGGUACUAGUUUGCAAUCUUUGCAAAUACCAAGCGCUGGAGAGCAUCAUCAUGAAAAACGCAAGUCUAGGUCUUAUUGUAGUCUUAGAGAUUUAGAGCUGGACAAACAAUUACAAUACAUGACACCAUCAUUAAGGUCUAGAGCAAUUGCCCGGAGAAGAUUAUCUACAUCUUUACCACCCGGUGGUGUAAGGUUACCUAGAACAAUGCAAAUGUUGGAAAAGAAAAGUGUCUUUUCUAUAGCUUAUGGAGAUGUGGCAACGCAAAAGAUCAACUGUAGUGCUGAUUCUUCAAACAACUGGGAUUAAUAUUAAAUACAUUUUAACAUUUUGUCACUCUAGGUUUCAGUUUUGAAAAAACAAUGUCGCUCAAUCAUAAACUUUUAUUACCAAAAUAAUGUAUAUAAAUAUUACCAACAGCUUUUUUUUAAUAAAAUACUUUUUGUUUUUGUUAUUGUGUAAGUUCUACAAAGUUACUGUUACUUUUAAAACUACAGUAUUAUAUCAAUGUGAUACAAUUAUUUAUAUUGUUUCUA